UAUUCAGAUCCUGUUAACGGGAUGAAAAAGUCUAAAGUGGAGUUUAAAUGAAGUCCGGAGUCCUGUUUUUAUCUCUCACCUGCGUUCCCCCUGUCAGGAGACUGACUGACUGGCUUCUACUUUACCUUAGGAGUGAAGAUGAAAAGUUUGCUCUUUGUCACCUUGUGUCUCUUGACGUGUCCCCUCAUGGUUGACGGACGACAUCCAACCUGUAACUUCCUGUUGGAGGUGGAGAGAGACCAGGCGGAGUGUCUGAGGAAGUUGAGGGAGGAGGACGCUGCCAGCAGCCAUAAAGAGCCGGGAUGCAAAGGAGCGUGGGACAACAUUGCAUGCUGGGAGCGAACUGAGAUUGGCGAGACUGUCACCAUCCCCUGUCCUCGAGUCCUCAAGACAGUAUUUGGUAGAAAUGGUAACAUUAGCAGGAACUGCACAUCAUCGGGAUGGUCGGAGGUUUUCCCAAACAUCACCAGUGUGUGUGGGGCGGACACGAGCCAGGAUAAGCUGGUCUUCUAUGUGGUUGUGCAGGCGCUGUACACUCUGGGUCACAGUCUGUCUUUGAUCGCCCUCACCACAGGGAGCGCCAUCCUCUGUCUGUUUCGGAAGCUCCACUGCACCAGGAACUACAUCCACCUCAACCUCUUCUUCUCCUUCAUCCUGAGAGCCGUGGCUGUGUUGGUGAAAGAUGACAUCCUCUUCAAUCGAAAUUCCCAGUGCUCCAACCAGCCAUCACUGGUGGGAUGUAAAGCCAGCCUGGUGUUUUUUCAGUACUUCAUCAUGGCCAACUUCUUCUGGCUGCUGGUGGAAGGUCUCUACCUCCACACUCUGCUUGUCGUCAUCUUCUCUGAGAACAGACACUUUAUCGUCUACAUGUUCAUCGGCUGGGGAAUCCCCACGGUGUUCGUCUUUGCGUGGGUGAUGACGAGGAUUUAUCUGGAGGACACAGGAUGCUGGGAGAGGAAUGACAAUCCUAUACCCAACUGGGUAAUCAACGGACCAAUUGGAUUCUCCAUUAUGGUGAACUUUAUCCUGUUCAUCAGCAUCAUUCGGAUCUUGGUUCAGAAGCUGAGGUGUCCCGAUGUGGGCGGCAACGACCAAUCACAAUACAGGAGGUUGGCCAAAUCCACUCUGCUGCUGAUCCCUCUGUUUGGCAUCCACUAUGUGGUCUUCGUUUCUCUCAGUGAAUCCAUCGCAGAGGAUUAUAAAAUAUUCUUUGACCUGGCCCUCGGAUCCUUUCAGGGUCUGGUGGUGGCCAUUCUGUACUGCUUCCUAAACAGUGAGGUUCAAGGCGAGCUCAAGAGAAAGUGGCGGAGUAUGUGUCUGAAUUGCCGUCUGAGCAGAGAUCACCACUUCAACAGCAACUUCGCGUCAAGGAACGGCUCAGAGCACAUGAUGCAGUUUCACCGCAACUCCCGAACCCAGUCUAUUCUGCAGUCAGAGACCACAGUGCUGUGAAUAAAAAAUACCACAGUCUCCAGGUUGACCUGGGUCGAAUAGUUUUACAAAAUGAUUUCAACACAGUUAAGGGGAAGUACCACAUGGGUGGGACCUGCACAUUUUGGUUUUAGCUUUACAAAUCUCUGCAAGCAUUCAAAAUGCACCAUAAGUAUAAGUUGUUGCAACAUCUGCAAUACUCAUCAGAGAAUGUAGAGUCUGUUGGCAAACCCCGGAGAUCUUGCCUCCAGAAGAAGAGCGGAAGAGCCCUGGUUUCCGGUUGUAGGCUGUUUGUAGUCCGCGUGAUAUUGACCAAUCACGUUUGAGCUGGCCGCAGUUGUUGCCAGGUUAAACGGUCCCAUGCAGUGAACUAACGAGGCAGAACAUAAUUGGCGUCACUGCAAACUCUGAAUCCAUCGCAAUGGUUCAGCAUAUUUACUUAUAUAUAAACGGAAGUUGGAAACGGAAAUUCGCCUCCUCCGCCCAAAUCAAACCGGAAUGCCAAAAGAUCGGGGGUCUGCCCCCAGAGGCUGUAUCGCCGUAUGCCGGAAGUCAAAUGCCAAAUACAGCCAAUGGGUUCCGAGAAUGGUGUGGAGGUGAGGAUGGUUUGCAUUCAGCUGCAGGAUAAUGAGUUGUGGGGAUGGUUCACGAGAGCAAUGCCAGGUGCGUUGAUUGGCACAGCUGGUGCUUGUUCACAAAUUGGUACAGCUGGUGCUCAUUCGCUAAUUAUGCUCUCUCUUUAAAUGCUGUAAUGUGCUGGACCUCAGAUGAGACACAUAGGCACCCAAACUGUAAGAUUUGAUUCGCUCUAUGACAGGAAUCUGUCAGGAGUUUGGAGCAGCUAGCCUUCUAGCACCUUGGCAACCAGGCACACGGUGAAAUAGUUGUGUAUUAAUGUUGCAAGUGUGUGUGAGCACAGUGGGGGUGGGGGACUUGAGUCACAUGACUUGACUUGAGUCUGACGCAAAUUUGAGAACUUGAGACUUGUUUACCAACACUGAUGAAAGACUUGACUUUGAUUUGGUAUUCAUGACUUGAGACUUGACUUUGACUCAAGAAAGAUGACUUGAAAGGACUUGACUCUUUAUUCAAUAUUAAUAUUUUUUAGAAUCGGAGACGCUACAUUUUGUUGUUGAAACAUGAGGACACAUAUGUUGCAGUGGGGAAAGACCCGCUGGCUGAUAUUCAUGCCCAUGCUACGAGAGCUCUGUCCUCCUUACAUUGACAACGUUAUUUAUUCAACAAAUGCCCCCGGUCAGCAUGUUUAUUUCAAGAGACAAAGCUCUCUAGUGGUCGUAGGGAACAAUGGCUCUUGUCCAUCUGGAGGAUGGUCCAAAGGACUAACAGUGUGACGUCACUAACAACAAACCACUGGAUAUAAAUGUGGGAGACCAGUGUUUACUUUGCGUUUAUUACCAUGAGUUAAUGUUAGUUUCUUUUAAAUGAUGACCACGGUUACUCAGACAUCUUUGCCAAGUAGUUUUUGUGCCUAAAUCUGACAAAACCUUAUCUUUGGCUGUGUCAGAUGAGAAAAGGAUUGUAAUUUUGAAAAACUGAGUUUCGGAAGGCACUGACAAAUGCCGUCGUCUUGUCAACAGUGGUGUCAAAUCAGAAAAAUCUCAACAUGUCUCAUUCCAGACAAGCUACAUAUUUUGCUUAUUUUGAAGGACUUGCUGGGGUUAAAUGUUCUGGUGGAUAAUUUAUACUUUUAAAAUCAGUUUUACUUUGGUCAACCCAUUGAGGUUUCACUCAACUAAGCACCAGAAACUUCUAUAUAAGAAGUUUGUUUGAUCAAGCUACUUGUGUUUGAAAAAUUAAUGGUUUUCAGAUCAUGUUGUGUGCAGGUCAGCUCAACAACAGCAACAUUUUUUUCCACGACUAUGCAUUAAAAGGUGACAACUUGUUACUUUGGUUAUGUAUUUUGUGGUCUGUAAUGGCCACACCCACCCAUCUGAUACUUGAAGCUUGUUAAAAUCACUGUUAAGAAUGAUUCACAAAGGCAUUUUGACCCAGGUCAGCACAUGAGCCCUGGGUGUCUGGGCUACUGGUAAAAAACACUGGUAAACAGGGUUGUUUUGUACUGAUUCAGAACCUAAACUGUUCUAACAAACUGCAUACUUUUUAAUGUACAUGUAAUGAUAUGCUGUUAUCGAGAAGUGCUGUGCAUGUGCAUGUUUGUCUACAUGUUGUAUUUAAUUCUUGCCACAAGACAAAAAAAUCCUGGUGACACUUUGCUUAAGGCAUACAGAUUUUUUUUUCUUUUGUUUCUUUGAAACAGCACUCCCUACUGUUAAAAUCUUUGGUGACAAAAGACUAAAAUGGCUUACUGUCCUGAAUAAGUGCCAUAAUAAUUUGAAUUUGUACAAAAUUUAAUUUUAUUAGUAUGAAGUAUGUAACAGUGAAUAAUUUUAUUAGUAUGGAGUUUGUGCUACUUUUUAAUUAUUUUCAUUGAGAUACAUAUUUAUUUAUACAGCACUUCAAACCAAACUUGCACUCUAAUAAAUAUUUAACUAGGAGCCAGACCCCACUGUGCCUUAAAAGAUGUUACUUAACACAGGUCUGGACCAAAUACACUUUUAGAUUUAUUCUUAGGUGUUACCCAGAAUCUUCUUGAUAGUAUAUUAUGGGAAGCAAAAUAAGGAAUUCAUACAUGUUUUUGCCAGAUUUGGUAAAUUUAUUCCACAGUUUAGGGUCCUGGAAUCUCCUGGUUUUAUAGAUAAACCUGAGUAUCAUCUACAUAACAGCAGACAUUUUUGAAAAAAAUAUUUGUCUCACAGAUGUUUCCAUGAGAGGGACUAGGAUUCAACCUUGUAGAAUGCCACAUUUGAGAUGAAAUGACGCAGAAUUCACCUUGUACUACAGCAAGCAGAGUUCAGUAGUUUUGCAUAGUCCGUUCUUUCUCCACAGUGUUAUAUCAGCGCUAGAGAAGAGGUGUGGAAUCACUGAUUAUCUUUCUGCAAUAGGGAAAAAACACUGCAUUGCCUCUGUUUCUUUAAACCAUUCACAGUUGUCUUGGGCAGCACUAAACCCAGCGAUUGCUGCAGCCACAGUGCUCUUGCAAAAUAGUGUUGGGGGUGUACUUGUUUUGUUGGAACAUUUGCACGUAGGGAAGCAAGAACUGUUAGUAAAAUGGCCCCACAAAAGAAAACGCUACGGAAACAUUAACAGUCCUAUGCCACUUGUGAUUCAAUUUUUAGUGAUUAAAAAAAGACGAUUAUGGUAUGAUAAUUGAUGCACUAGGAGUAAAGUGUGAUUAAACUUAAUCUUUAGAGAAACUAAUUAAGCAAGUUAAAACCAAGAAUCGGCGAACAUUAUAAUGAUAAUAUUAUAGAAGCUUGUGUGAAGGGGAAUGGAUCAGUACAUGAGUAGUCACUGCCACUGGCACAUGCCGCUGCCACAUUUAUAAGAUGUGGCUUCAUCUAGUCUGAGAUAUUCAGUUUUUGGAAGCAAUUGUCAUAUUUGUUUUUCUUGAAAGUUUGCCUUGCAGAUAGAAGUAUUGAAUUCUGGUAUUCUUUGGUAUGAUCAUCUGUUUUGUUUCAGCUCUAAAUUUUAAAAGACCCUGUCAAGGUUUAUAAAAAUAUAUUGAUUUGUGAGAUAUACAAAAGGUUCUGAUAGAAAAUCAAGCAUAAUAAUCCAAUACAGCUGUAUGCCUUAAAGGGAAAUUUUCAACCAGCUCUGUGUCAGUCACCAAGUGUGCAGAUUAAUGGUGCGCCUCGUGAAAUACUGUAGCAGGGUUCUGCUGGUGGAUCUCCCGAUCCUAACGACAUGGGGGAAAACCAAACACCUUUCACAAGCACACACUGCCCACACUGCUAUGGCUCAGAGCUGGUUUAAAAUUGGCAAAGUUUCCCUUUAUGAAAAGUGUUACCAAAUAUAUAACAAACCAGUGUAUCAUAAGACAUCUAUGUGACUGUAAGUGGUUGAGAGUACAAACACAAGACCAUAUACAACACUUAGUGUUGGUUUGUCAAGUGAUUUCAUAUUUAAUGUUGACUGACAUGAUGCUGAGUAUCAUGUCCUUAUUAAACACAUGUAUUUGUAUAGACACCAUGAAUGUCAUGCAAAAGAUGAUUGAUAAAGGCUAUCUUUGUAAGCACUGUACUGUGUGAAUGUGUAAAACUUAAACUGUUUAUGCUUUUAGAAGCCUAUCUUACUUAUUGAUAGGAAAUAUGAUUUCCUACACAGUCCCUUAUAAUUCAUAAUUCAUAUUAAAAAUUGUUUACACUUGGAGUGAAGUUCCUUAGUGCAACUUUAAAGAGGAGGCAUGUUUUGUGAUUA